AUGAUGUCUUACCUCAAACAGCCCCCCUAUGGCAUGAACGGGCUGGGGCUAGCCGGACCAGCAAUGGAUCUUCUACACCCUUCUGUGGGGUAUCCAGCCACCCCUCGGAAGCAGCGGCGAGAACGCACCACCUUCACCCGAUCGCAGCUGGACGUGUUGGAAGCGCUUUUUGCAAAAACCCGUUACCCAGACAUAUUCAUGCGAGAGGAGGUUGCCCUGAAGAUCAACCUGCCGGAAUCAAGAGUCCAGGAGCCGGCCCCGACCGCCGCCUCCUCCUGGAAGCUCAACUUCAACUCCCCGGACUGCCUCGACUACAAAGACCAGGCCUCCUGGCGCUUCCAAGUCCUGUGA